CAUAUAAGGGGCUGCCUAGGUGAAAGGGGACCUUCGGGGCUGCCUGCAUCGCUCCUAUUGGCAUCAUGAAACUCAUCCUGCUGUGUGGGCUGCUGCUGAUGACUGGCGUGACUCCAACCCAAGGGGGGUUCCUGAACCUGAGCAAGAUGAUCAGGCAAAUGACUGGGAAGAUCGCCUUCUUCAACUACUGGUCCUAUGGCUGUCACUGCGGACUUGGUGGCACAGGCCAGCCCAAAGAUGCCACAGACUGGUGCUGCCAGAAGCAUGAUUGCUGCUACACCCACCUGAAGUCCCACCAAUGCCGGUCGCAGACAGAUUACUACAAAUACACCAUUUCCCAGGGCAACAUCCAAUGCUCUGACAAGGGGAGCUGGUGCGAGCGGCAGCUGUGUUCCUGUGACAAGGAGCUGGCCUUGUGCCUGAAGAACAGCCUGGACACCUACCAGAAGAAACUGCGGUUCUACUGGAGGCCCAAAUGCAAGGGCCCAACCCCUCCGUGCACCAGGGCUGCCAACCUGACUGUCCCUGGCCUCCCUGAGUGAAGGGGAGCUGCCCUGGGUUGCACAUACAAUGCAUAAUACAGUUAACGUGUGUAAGCA